UUACAAAAAACUAUUUUCUAGUUUUGUGAAACAGAUGCCAACUUUAGGGGGCAAACUGCACUAUCCGUUUGAGGACAUUCUGUAAAUUGACGCUCCCCGCGCACGUCUCCCGGGGUUCGAAUAAAUAUUUGUUUCCCUGGAAAAUCAAAUGGUAGUUUCCACUUCCAGCACCGCCCCUUCCUCAGAUUUCAAUUGCUUUCGCCGAUGAAUUACGAGCAGAGACUAAUCGCCGCAUCGAAGUUCGUCUACGCCGGCUACUCAGCCGACGAUUCUCCGCCGGUCAACACUGUUGACUGGGGAGUCAAAGCGACUCUUAAACCUCACCAAAUUGAAGGAGUCUCAUGGCUCAUUCGUAGAUACCGUCUAGGCGUCAACGUCAUUCUCGGGGAUGAGAUGGGGCUGGGGAAGACUUUGCAAGCUAUAUCAUUGCUGAGCUAUCUGAAAUUCUACCUAAAGACUCCUGGACCAUUCUUGGUGCUCUGUCCUCUUAGUGUGACGGAUGGUUGGAUGUCUGAAAUGGCCAAUUUCGCCCCAAAAUUAAGAGUGCUAUCCUAUAUUGGAGAAAAGGAGCACCGGCGCAAUCUACGUAAGAAAAUGUAUGAGCAUGUGAACAAGAAGGCGUUGUCUGAUGGAGAAUCAUUAUCUUUUGAUGUGCUGUUGACUACAUACGACAUAUUAUUACUUGAUGAAGAUUUCCUAUCACAGGUUCCAUGGAGUUAUGCAAUAAUUGACGAAGCACAAAGGCUCAAAAAUCCAUCUAGUGUGCUGCAUAAUGUGCUCAAAGAGCAUUUUGUUAUGCCAAGGAAAUUGCUGAUGACCGGCACACCUAUACAAAACAACCUUUCAGAGCUUUGGGCUCUGUUGCAUUUCUGUAUGCCUUCUGUUUUUGGAACACUGGAUCAGUUUCUCUAUGCAUUCAAGGAAGCUGGAGAUCCUUCAUGUAAUACUUAAGCCUGUAAUGAGUCAUUGGCUUGCUUCUUUUUCCCUUUAAAGAUGAAUAUGAAAAUUCUUGGGUACUGCUUAUUCUUUUUGCAAUUUUGAUCAUUUCUGGUGUAGUUUGGGACGAU